CCACCGGCACCACAAAGUACCAGCCAAGGAUCACACACCUCUGCCUCGCCCCUACCCAUCACCAUCAACAUCAAACAGCUUCACCUCACAUCCCCCAUCCACCACUCCAUUCACGAGCAUACACACACCACCUCGCUCGUAACUCACCCACCACCAACCAUCCCCGCCUUGGAUGGCAUUGCCCAACCUCCGUCGCAUCUUCUCCUCGUCCAGAACACCCCUCGAGGAACGCGCCGUUUCCAGAAGGGCAUUCUUCCGCUUCAUCACCUUCCUAGCCUCGUGCGCUACCAUUGCCCUACUCAGCUCAGCAGUAAACAAGAGGGAUAGAAGGAGAUUCCUCGUCGCCUCUGCAGCAGCAGCAGCAGCAUCACCUGCCUACUCGUAGCCUCCCAGCCUCAGUUCUAGACUAGUUCAGCGCUGCCCAGUCGGCCACAUACCCCCCUCUCUCCUCCACUUCAUACCCAGCCAUGUCUCGAUUGCUGGGUGCAAACCCACACAAGGCAAGCAAUGACCUCUUUUCGGUAAACUUCAACCAGGAUGCAAGCUGUGUAGCGGUAGGCACACGGACGGGCUACUCCAUCACAAAUUGCGAGCCCUUUGGCAAAGUAUAUUCAAAGAAUGUGGGGCCAGUAUCGAUAGUGGAGAUGCUCUUCUGCACCUCCCUCGUCGCAAUCGUAGGUACGGCCGAUUCAGGACCUAGCGCAAGCCCACGGAGAUUGCAGAUCGUCAAUACAAAGCGUCAAUCCACCAUCUGCGAGCUCCUCUUUCCCACAACAAUCCUGGCAGUGAAGCUGAACAGGAGACGAUUGGUCGUCGUCUUGGAGGACGAAAUUUACAUCUACGACAUCAGCAACAUGAAGUUGCUGCAUACCAUUGAGACUAGCCCCAACCCACAAGCCAUCUGCGCCCUCUCCCCUUCUUCGGACCCCUGCUACCUAGCAUACCCCUCCCCUACCCCCUCGCCCUCCUCGCCGCUGGCCAAUGGCGCUCAAUCUCCGGGCGACGUGCUGAUAUUCGACCUCCUCUCUCUGCAAGUCUCCAAUAUCAUCCAGGCCCACAAGAUGCCCAUUGCCCAUCUAGCCAUGAACUCCACGGGCACCCUUCUGGCCACCGCCUCGGACAAGGGUACUGUCAUCCGCGUGUUCUCAGUGCCCACGGCCACGCCUGUAGCACAAUUCAGGAGAGGAGCCUAUCCGGCCAAGAUUUACUCCAUCAGCUUCAACGCCGUCUCCACCCUCUUGUCCGUCUCGUCAGAUACAGAAACGGUGCACAUCUACAAGCUCACAGGCGCUGGCGGAGCACCUGCUGGGUCCCCCUCCCUGUCGACAAGGUCAGCCUUGGCUUCGCCAGCGGGCGGAGGAGCCAGCUCACCGAGCCUGGGGAGCGAGGACGGCAGUGAGAAUGGUGCGGGCAGGGGAGGGUACGAAGGGAUGAUCGACGACAAGAAGAAGGGAUCUGGACUUAAAGGCUCCCUCCGCAAGCGCUCCGCCGCCCUCGGCCGGCUGGCAUCUGCCUCUGUGGGCGGCUACCUCCCCAGCACCCUCUCAAGCAUGUGGGAGCCCCAACGGGACUUUGCCUAUCUCAAGCUCCCCACUCCAGGCGUGAGCUCCGUAGUGGCCAUUUCCCCCACCACCCCGCAAGUAAUGGUAUGCACCUCCGAAGGGUGGUUCUACACUUAUAAUCUUGACUUGGAAAAGGGAGGAGAGGGGGCACUGCUCAAGCAGUACUCGCUCAUGGAGGGAGCGGCUGGUGGGGCUGCCGGGGAGGAAGGGAGUGAAGGAGCUGGGCAGGCUGGUGGAGAUUGAGGGAGCGCAGUGCGGCGCAGUGCACAUUCAAGACAAGGCGAUUGGGGAUGACAGGAUUUUGAUUGAAUGGAUUGGAAUGACUUGAUCAGUUGGAUCGAUGAUGGGGAAAGAGGAAACAAUGAAUUCUUGCUGCCCGCACACACACACACAAUCCCCCCC